AGUGGAUAGUUCCAUCGAUAGUUUUAAAGAUCUACCAAAAACAUGAUUAUUUAUGGCGUCUAUAUAGUUAGUAAAUCGGGUGGCCUUAUAUUCAACCUGGACAACAAUGUGCCGCGCAUUGAGCACGAGAAGACUUUCACAUACCCCCUGGACUUGGUGCUGGACUACGAUUCCAAGAAGGUAUCGGUGUCGUUCAACAGAAAGGAUGGAAUAAAUGUGGGUCAUGUCCUGGUGGCGGUCAAUGGUAUGGCAGUCAGUGGAGUCACCCUAGACGAUGGACGCGAUGUGAGGACGAUGCUGGAGUCGCCAGAGAACUAUCCCAUCAACCUGAAGUUCAGCCGGCCGAAGAUGACCACCAACGAGAAGAUCUUCCUGGCCAGCAUGUUCUAUCCACUGUUCGCUAUCGCCAGCCAACUGAGUCCGGAACCCAAGAGUUCCGGCAUCGAGCUCCUGGAGGCGGACACCUUUACGUUGCACUGCUUUCAAACGCUGACCGGGAUUAAGUUCAUUGUAAUCUCGGAGACGGGUCUCAACGGAAUCGAUCUGCUGCUGCGUAAGGUUUACGAGUUGUACUCAGAUUACGUCCUCAAGAAUCCAUUCUACUCACUGGAGAUGCCCAUCCGAUGUGAACUCUUCGACAACAAGCUCCAGGAACUCCUUGCCCAGGUCGAGAAAACCGGCAUUAGCAAUAUUGAUAAAUAAACGUUAAGUAGUCUUUGUACUCUGUUAUUGGGAUUUUGUUUUGUUGAGCUAAGGAUCUCGUUAAAGCUGGAUACUACUUUACAUGAAAGAAAGAAAAUGCUUUUGCAUUAUUUAUUUUUAAAGCGUUGUCUUUCCAAUUUGCAGUUAAAUAUUUUUAUAUUAUACAUUCCUAUAGCAAGAAGUUUUUAUGUUUUGGUUAUAAUUUUUCUGAUUAGCAGAAAUGAGCUAUACAUCAAUUUUGCAUAGAACCUGCUGGCCAAAAAAAAAUAUAUAAUUCACUUUAAGUAAACUGUUUACUUAAACCAGCGGUUCAUUAAAAGAGAUCACAAAA